CAUGUGGACGUCAGCAAUAUACGCACAAUGACAACGCACCUUGUUUCGUUUUGUUGUGACAGAAACUUGCACUUUUAAAUACUUAAUUUGGCUUUUCAGACGUUGGCUCUAACCAAAUGAUCGUUUCUGACACGAAUAGCUGAAAACUUAAUUGCGCAAUCCUGAAUAUAUAACAGGAAGUAGAUGGAAAAAAACGCAAGGGUUUCGGUUUUUUACAGUCCGGUUGAGCUGCGUGAUCAUCUAGCUCUGUUACUAUACAAAUCAUGACACAGAGUAGUCCAUCUAUUGUUGUGGUUGGUGCUGGUGUGGCUGGACUCGCCGCAGCAAAGAAGCUGAGAGAGAACGGGUUCGAUGACGUCACUGUGCUGGAAGCCUCCGAGAAGGUCGGAGGAAGAGUAGCUACUGCAACCAUAGGUAAUGUAUGUGUUGAUACUGGUGCGCAGUACAUCCAUGGGGCAUCAGAAAAAAAUCCCAUCUACAAUCUAUUUAAAAAGUCUGACCUCCUAACCCAGGACCCCGAGGAUGGGGCAGAAGUAUUUUACAAUAACAAGGGACAAAAAGUGGAUACAAAGGGGGCCGCACGUGCGUAUCAAGCAGGGGAGGACAUGCUCCGCUACCGUGGCUCCAGCACUGGGAAGAGUUUGGGUGAGCACUUUGCCGAAAGAAUCAAGGGUGUGAUUGACAGCGUGCAAGACAUUGACGCAAAGAUAAGAACGAGUGUUUUGGCAUUGGCCGGGAAGGACAUGUUGAUUGACAUCGGUGCUUCAAACCUUCAUAGCGUAUCUCUCGACUCCUGGAAGUACUAUGUCAACAUGGGCGACAGUAUCAAUGUUCCAGGGUUAAUGUUUCGACUGGUCGACAUGCUGUCGGAGGACUUUCCAAAGGACCGUCUGCUGUUAAAAAAGGAAGUGUGUAAGAUCAAAUGGGACGGAUCCUUUUCUGCUAACACUGAGGCUGUUUCUGGAGAAAAUGUCCGCCGCUAUCCCAUUAGUGUUGUCUGUGCAAAUGGAGAAGAGUUUCUGGCUGAUCAUGUCAUAGUCACUGUUUCACUUGGGUGUCUAAAGGCACAAGCAUCAUGCCUAUUCUGCCCCUGUCUCCCAGCUGAUAAAAUGGAGGUCAUCGACAAGCUGUGUUUUGGCAAUAUUGCCAAGAUCUUCCUGGAGUACGAGCAGGCCUUUUGGGACAGCGAUGUUGGUAGUAUCGGGCUCAUUUAUGAGGACGCCACCCCCGCCUCAAUCUCCACCAAUAAAACUCAGUGGCUCAAUAACGCUGCUGAUAUUGCUGUGAUUGUGGUCUACUUCGUGUUUGUGUUGGCAGUUGGAAUAUGGUCCUCAGUCAGAGCCAACCGUGGGACUGUGGGUGGAUAUUUCUUGGCUGGACGAUCCAUGACAUGGUGGCCAAUUGGUGCUUCCUUGAUGUCCAGUAACGUGGGCAGCGGCCUGUUCAUUGGAUUAGCAGGGACUGGAGCUGCAGGGGGAAUCGCGGUUGGGGGAUUCGAGUGGAACGCAACGUGGCUCCUCAUUGCCUUAGGCUGGAUCUUUGUACCCGUGUAUAUUUCAUCUGGAGUGGUCACAAUGCCGGAGUAUUUGAGGAAGAGGUUCGGGGGUCAACGCAUCAGAAUCUACAUGAGUGUGCUGUCUCUCAUACUCUAUAUUUUCACCAAGAUAUCAACAGACAUUUUUUCAGGUGCUCUGUUCAUCCAAGUGUCUCUGGGAUGGGAUCUGUACCUCUCUACUGUUCUGCUGUUGGCUGUCACUGCACUUUAUACUAUAGCUGGCGGUCUUACGGCUGUAAUCUACACUGAUGCCUUACAGACUGUAAUCAUGGUAGUGGGAGCUUUUGUCCUCAUGUUCAUAGCGUUCGAUAAAGUGGGGUGGUAUGAGGGUUUGCUGGAUCAGUAUGAGAAAGCUAUACCUGCCAUCACAGUCCCUAACACCACAUGUCAUCUUCCUCGCGCCGACGCCUUUCAUAUCUUUAGAGAUCCGUUGACAGGAGACCUUCCCUGGCCAGGCCUGAUUUUCGGGCUAACGGUUUUGGCCGCAUGGGUGUGGUGCACAGACCAGGUGAUAGUACAAAGAUCCCUAUCUGCCAAAAACUUGUCCCACGCGAAGGGUGGUUCAGUACUGGGUGGAUACCUCAAGCUACUCCCCAUGUUCUUCAUAGUUAUGCCAGGCAUGAUCAGCCGAGCACUUUAUCCAGAUGAGAUAGGAUGUGUGGAUCCUGAUGAAUGCUUGAGGGUCUGUGGGGUCAGGGUGGGCUGUUCCAACAUUGCAUACCCAAAGUUAGUCGUGGAGCUCAUGCCAGUAGGUUUGAGAGGUAUGAUGAUCGCUGUAAUAAUGGCAGCACUCAUGUCCUCUCUCACCUCUAUAUUCAACAGUAGCAGCACACUAUUUACUAUGGACAUAUGGCAGCGAAUCCGGCCCCGGGCCUCGGAGACGGAGCUCAUGGUGGUGGGCAGGGUGUUUAUUUUAUUGCUAGUGGGUCUGAGCAUUGUGUGGAUUCCAGUCAUUCAAUCAGCCAAUAGCGGACAGCUUUUCGACUACAUACAGGCCAUCACUAGUUACCUGUCACCUCCCAUUACCACAGUGUUCCUUAUGGCAAUCUUCUGGGAACGGGUAAACGAACAGGGGGCUUUUUGGGGUCUGAUGGUUGGACUCGUGAUUGGGACAGUGAGAAUGGUGAUGGAAUUUGUGUACGGGACCCCAUCAUGUGGAGAAAAAGACUUACGUCCUGCUAUACUAAAAGAUGUGCACUACCUAUAUUUUGCCCUCAUCUUGCUCGCACUAACAGCUCUGGUCAUCACGGUUGUCAGCCUCUGCACUGCUCCUAUUCCCAAACAACAUCUUGUUCGUCUGACCUGGUGGACAAGGCACAGCAAGGAGGAACGUGUAGAGCUGGAAGACCCCUGGGCCAGAGGGUCCAGUCCAGCAAGCUCUGAGCCCAGCAAUGCAGAGUCAGAGGGGAUCGGUGAAGACACACCUGCAUGGUGGAGACGUGCUGGGAUGUGGUUGUGUGGUUUCUCUAAUGCAGCACAACCAAAGAUGAGUGAGGAGGAAAAGAAGGCUCUGGAAAAGAAACUCACAAAUAUUGAGGAACACCACACAUGGAAGACUGUCUGCAAUAUUAAUGCCCUCAUUUUACUCACUGUCAGUGUCUUUUUUUGGGGAUAUUUUGCUUAAAUAUACAUUUGCAUUUAUGCAAUGGGUGGAUGAUUUCAUAAAACAACGUACAAGUAUACAUUUUUAGCAGUAUGUGUCCUCCCGAUUGGAAUCUACCCCAUUUGCAAUGUUAACUUGGCAAAGUGUUAACUGAGCUACAGGAACACUAUGAUAAUAUAAAUAUUCAUAAAGUAUGAAUGUAACGUUAUUUGAACAUUUUUGAAAGCAAUAUUAAAAAUAUUAUUUAUUAAUCAUCUAAUAUUUUCGAGUUUAGGAUGUCUUACCUUCUUAGAAUUACAUACAUUUUGCUAAACCAU